CACCCAUCUUCACACCACAAUAACGCUGCUGUAGGGGGUCUAGGACGGUAGAGAAUCCAAGUCCCACAAUAACUCCCCUAAACUAAACCUUUGCAAAACAUUCACCUACACACCAAAUGGCAAGUUCAGUGUCAAUUAAUUCCGAGCUCAGAAAAUGAGUUCGGAUCCACCAAACCAAAUCAACCUUGUUGGUAGCAUGAAACUAUGAAUCAUCCCAUUUUCUGCAUGCACUUGGCAUAAACCCUGCACCUUCCAACAAUCACUUCUCUCCUCCUUCCUUCUCAGUUCUCGCCAAUUACGUUACGUUACACUAUUCGUAUAACUAUAAACCCCCUUAAUUCCAAACCCCCCUCCCUCUCUCUCUCUCUCUCCCCUUCAAUAGUCCUCAUCAAAACUCAAAACACGCACUAAAAUUUAAAAUAACAAAGAAACCAUUUUGCACAAACCCAUUGAGAUGAUGAUGACGAUGAACAAUAUUGUUAUUAUUCCGUGGUCAACCAUUGGCGUUGUGAUUGCGUGGUACAGUUCCAACAUAGGGGUCCUCCUUCUGAACAAGUACUUGCUCAGCAACUACGGCUUCAGGUUCCCCGUUUUCCUCACCACGUGUCACAUGAUGGUGUGCUCGCUCUUCAGCUACGUUAUUGUUUCCGUUACGGACGCAGUUCCGCUGCAGCGCGUGCGGUCCAGGAGCCAGUUCGGGAGGAUCGUGGCGCUCGGUGUCGUUUUCUGCUUCUCCGUCGUCUGCGGGAACGUGUCGCUCAGGUACAUUCCUGUGUCGUUUAACCAGGCCAUCGGAGCCACCACGCCGUUCUUCACCGCCGUUUUCGCUUACGCCGUGAGCGCCAAGAGGGAGGCGUGGGUUACUUACGCCACGCUCUUGCCCGUUGUUGCGGGCGUCGUCGUAGCUAGUGGGGGUGAACCAAGUUUCCAUUUGUUUGGAUUUGUAAUCUGUGUUUCAUCGACAGCUGCCAGAGCAUUUAAAUCAGUCCUUCAAGAUAUUUUGUUGUCCUCAGAGGGAGAAAAGUUGAAUUCUAUGAACCUGCUGCUUUAUAUGGCUCCAAUAGCAGUGAUGGUAUUACUUCCUGCAACAUUGUUGAUGGAGGGAAAUGUGAUUCAGAUCACAAUGGAUCUUGCCAGAAAGGAUAUCAGAAUUUUUUGGUAUCUGCUUCUCAGUUCAUCUCUUGCGUAUUUUGUGAACCUGACCAAUUUUUUGGUGACGAAACAUACAAGUGCACUUACCCUUCAGGUUUUAGGAAAUGCAAAGGGAGCAGUUGCUGUGGUGGUCUCAAUUUUGAUAUUCAAAAACCCCAUUUCAAUGAUAGGAAUGCUUGGCUAUGCACUCACUGUCAUUGGAGUUAUAUUGUACAGUGAAACCAAAAAGAGGUAUAGCAAAAAUUAGUAAACUUAACAACAUUACCAAUCAAAGCAGAGUGUGAUACCACAAGCGAGAGGGCCAACAAGUUAUUAUGCAUACAAAAUUAUGACAUUGCAGCAACCACUUUUAUUACACGUGAACAAGAAUAUUUCCCCAUAAACCCUUUGAUGUGGACUCGAGUUUCAUGCCUAUUGCCUAAUCAGUCAUAUUUUAUUGGCUUUCCUUUCGGCUCCUUCAAUCAAUGCAAUUUCUUUUUCAUAACAUUUAAAAGAAGAACUCCAAUAAUUUAGCCAGAGAGGAUUCUGUUAUGUACAUGAUAUGCAAGAUUUUACAUAUAUAUUUGUCCUUAUUAUGUUUUAGGCAAAUGUUUACUGUCUUAAGUGCAUUGCUUAAGAAAUUUUAAAAAAUUAUUAAAAAGUGUUGUUAAUGCAC